CCUUCAUCCCAACAGAGCGCCGAGCCCUCCGCCCUCAAACCCUAGCAAGCGAGAGAUCCCACCCACCAUCCAUGGAGCGCCCCCUCCGCCACCUCGCGCUGCUGCUCGGCCUCCUCGCCUGGGCGGCGGCGGCCGCCACCGGGGCCGCGGCGCAGCCUGCGUGCGAGCCCUCCAACCUCGCCACGCAGAUCACGCUCUUCUGCAUGCCCGACAUGCCCACGGCGCCCUGCUGCGAGCCGGUCGUCGCCUCCGUAGACCUCGGCGGCGGCGUCCCCUGCCUCUGCCGCGUCGCCGCCCAGCCGCAGCUCGUCCUCGCCCGCCUCAACGCCUCCCACCUCCUCGCGCUCUACACCGCCUGCGGGGGACUGCGCACCGGGGGCGCCCACCUCGCCGCCGCCUGCCAAGGUCCGUCACCCCCUGCCACCGUCCCCGUCAUCGCCCCGCCGCCGCCCGCCGCCCCUCGCCACAGGCUGCCAGCACGCGGCGAGGCCCCUCCCCCUCCGGCGACGAGCGAGAAGCCGUCCCCACCACCCCAGCAGCAGCCUGGCGCCGCCGCCGCCCACGGCAAGGCCAUCCCCGCCAGCCCGGCCGCCUCCUCGCCGCUGGCGCCGGCAGCCGCGCCCACGACGCCCACGCCGCCAACCUCCGGCUCCGACGGCAGGUGCAGCUGCACCCCGGUCAUCCUCUUCCUCCUCACCGCCAUCAUCGUCCUCUACUGAUGAGCCCGCGGCGCCGCCCCGGCCGGCCGCCAACCAUCGCCGGUGCCUGACUUGAGCUCGUAGCGGCAGCAGCAGUAGUACUAUUAUCCUUCUCGGUUUGGCUCCAGCAGUAGUAUAGCAGUAUCAUCAUCAGCAGUAGUAGUAGUCCACUCAUCGUAGUUCUGUUGUUGCAUCCUAUCUUAGUAGUAUCAUUCGUACUUGAUCGGUGGAAUCGCCUGAAGGGCGGGUGAUGGUUGGUCUAGCAGUAGUAGUUGUACCCGUAUGAUGAUACCUGCAGUAUGUUCGUUCGUCUUCCUCCUCGGUCGCCUUGUUUCUACUGGGCGUUCACCGUGUGUCUUGGAUCGAUCACUUGCCUGGGUGAAGUGACUCGAACAAGCGAAUCAAAUGUGGCCGAGGAGGAGAACACUGCGUUUUUUUGGUUAAUCUUGUCUCUACAGUUGAACUAUAUAUGCUUUAUGCUUUUGGUCUGAUGAUUAGUGAUGAAA